ACAAGUCAACACAUUUACGCUCCUAUAUAAAUGGGUUGUGCAAGUAAUACCUCUUACUCGGUUUUCUUCAUCACAGUCAUUUCAGCAGAGGAAUACAAUACGAGUGACACUAUGAAUAAGCUGCUGAUUAUUACUGUGCUUGUUGCACUCCUUGCUUUCAGUGCUGAAAGCUUCCGUGUGCCGAGGCAAGCUGAAGAGGAGGAAGGGACUCUGACCAAGAUCACAAGUAAAGUCAAGUCUUUGUAUGACAGUACUGUCGACACUGCCAAUGGGUACCUGGAAAGCAUCAGGGGCCUGAAGCUGGAGGAGAAGGCAAAGAAUCUUUACAGUGAUACUACCACAGUGUUAAGCACCUACGCUGGCAUAGUGCAGGACCAGAUGUACCACAUCUUUUAUGCCCAGCAGUAAACAAAACCUGAUUUCCAGCGACCUCAAAGACCUUUUCUGAUAGCGUAAAAACUUUAAAGCUUCACACAAAAGUGUCAUUUGACAUUCUGAACUUUGUCACCUCAUCCAAGCACCAAAACCUCAAACAGCAUCUUCAGAAAUAAUGUAGCCUGACAGCCUGCACAGAGGAAACUGGACAGAACAACUUCACAAUCCCAAUAAAAGAAGCAGAAAGCAUCGUCUCAUGAACCAAUGAAUUUGUCCAUGGGCCACGAAAAAAUUAAAAUAAUGUAAUAAUAUAUCACCAUCUACUGGUGUUUUUGUUCCCUCACAGUCUUAACUGUCAUUCCACCUCUAAAUAAACUUAUUAAAUAUUUGUGUCUUAUCUUGAAAUAAAAUAUUUAUACAAAAAAUGGUGUGUGUGGUUGAUAAAUUAGACUUUAUUUUAGUGUUUGAUAUGGUAAGUUGUGCAUAUUUGUCCUGUCUGUUUGUGUAAGACUUGUGUUUCCUUUUAUCUUACUGAUGCAAAGGAUGACGUGUUUAUGUCUGUAUGAAUCUGCAAUGAGGUACCAGACUUUUAUCAGCCGAGGCAGCACCAGAAUAGAGGCCUCUGUUGCAAUUAAUAAUGGAUGAAAAGAAACAACAUGUAAAAUGCGAGCGCUGCAGAGAAACCGACAGAGAUGAAUAAACAACAAAGACUGUGAAGUUUGUUUUGUGGGUUCUGACAAGCAGUGAUGCAAGAGUGUUGUGAUUUUUAAUUAAUGCAUAAAUCCACAACAUGUGGCCUCUUCUGAAGCUACAACCAGCACAAAAAACAAGACAAAUUUGCUUUCAAGUAUCAUCAUGUGUAGUUGUUACAAAACAUGUACACUGUACGAGAGAGCCACAGGACAAACUACACAUUUGUGUGUAAUUUACGGACUAUGGGAAUACUUCUAUAAAAAUAUUACUAUUGCUAAUACUGUGACCAAUUCUAUGCCUACUUCUGCUCAUGCAUAAAAAAAAUUUACAGAUAGUGUAACUCUCUAUUUCUCUCUGUAACUCUCUAGCUCUAUUGGCCCUCGUGUCUGUUCAAACUGGAUUAAUCUGAGAAGAAUCGCACUUUGUAUUUGCUAUCAGCUGUUUUCUCUCAACUGCCGACUGUGAUCAGAUCUGGCUGUGACACUAAACUGAUUUAAUCUGUUAGCAUCUGCAAUUGCA